CAGGAGUCCAUACUGGAAUCAGCCAAUUAAACCUUUGGAAGUCAUAGAACACACUUCUGUCGGAAAAUGACCGGAGCUCUGAAUUCCUAGGAAAAGCAUGAAAUCAAUCGAUUUCCUUGGACUUGAGCACAGUCACAAAUUAACCAGUUUGCUUGAGAAGUUGCGUGUGAAUUGAAUAACAGCCCCGGAGUGGUCCGAGUGGACAAGCUGUUGCAUUUGCCGAGAAUAUUUUCCCCAAUAUAAUCAGGGGAACAUACUUCUGAGGAAUCAACAUUUUGCUGUUGUGCUCCUCAAAAUACUUUCUUUGUGUGUGUGUGUGUUGCAGAAAAUGGAUAGUGGUAACAUAAAAAGUGGCGGUGGCAUGGACGAAACAUUGCUGGAUGGAAAGCUGCACCGUCAAGUCACUACUCUCAUUGUUGCCCAUCUUCUUGAGAACAAUUUCAAUCAGGUCUAGUCAGAUUGGAAUGUUUCUGAAGUAUAAUCUUUUCAGUCUGGUCAGAGUCCUUCUCAUGUGGUUUGAUCUGGACCGAAUCUUUAUGAUUUGUUAGAAUAAUAAGAACAAGUAAUAAUGAGGAAGAUCGAAUUUGUGGUGAACAGAAGCAACACCGUACUCUUUGAUAGGCAUUAGGCACAAGGCUGCGAGAGCUGUUGCAUCAGCUACAAUGACGCCAUUGACUGUUGAAGCUCCUCGUAAUAGGCUACUUGAAUUGGUUGCAAAGGGUCUUGCAGCUGAGAAGGUUGAAAUGCUGAAUGGAGUUUCUUUAGCUGCACCAUUUGAUCCAACUCUAGCUGAUGGAUAUGGCUCCAUACUAGCUCGUCGGGCAACUUUGGUUGAUUUUAGUAUUGCACAUGAUACCAAAGGGUCUUCAAAAAAAUUUCCCAAACAUGAAGUUCGACAUAUUUCUGAACACAAGGACAUUGCUAGAUGUGCGAGAUUUAGUUCUGAUGGUAGGUUUCUUGCUUCUGGAAGUGCAGACUCAUCAAUCAAACUCUUUGAGGUUUCAAAAGUCAAACAAAUGUUGCAGCCAGAGACAAAAGAUGGCCAAGUGAGGCCAGUUAUACGAACAUUUUAUGAUCACACGCAGCCAAUUAAUGAUUUAGAUUUUCAUCCUCGAAAUGCAGUUGUGAUAUCUGGGGCAAAAGAUCACACCAUCAAGUUCUUUGAUUUUUCAAAAGCAGUAGCAAAGAGAGCUUUUAGAAUUAUUCAGGAUACUCAUAAUGUGAGGUCUGUGUCAAUUCAUCCUUCAGGAGAUUAUCUUCUGGCAGGAACUGAUCAUCAUAUCCCUCAUCUGUAUGAUAUCAAUACUUUUCAAUGUUACCUGUCUAUGAGUUUCCAAGACACUAUUGGUAAUGGAGCAAUAAAUCAGGUUAGAUAUUCACGAAGCGGCGGUAUGUAUGUAACAGCAUCCAAAGAUGGUGCUAUUCGGUUUUGGGAUGGUGUGACUGCCAAUUGUGUUCGAUCCAUAGAUGGUGCACAUGGAACGAUGGAAGUUACAAGUGCAAACUUUACAAAAGAUCAAAGGUAUGUUCUUUCUUGUGGAAAGGACUCUUCUGUGAAGCUUUGGGAAGUUGGAACAGGAAGAUUGGUCAAGAUGUAUCAUGGAGCUAUACAUAGUCAGUUGCGAUUCCAGGCUGUGUUCAAUGAUACAGAAGAAUUUGUACUAUCCAUAGAUGAAUCGAGCAAUGAGAUUGCCAUAUGGGAUGCUCUGACUACCGAAAAAGUGGCUAGAUUGCCCUCCACGCACGUUGGUACUCCUCGUUGGAUUGAGCAUUCUCCGACCGAGGCUGUAUUUUUUUCUUGUGGGAUCGACCAGUCUGUACGGUUCUGGAGAGAAGCAAGUUAGUGUUUUCUGAAGAAGCACCAAAUUGAUAUCUUGGGACUCCAACCAUGCCUGUCAGAUGGAGAGCAGGCGGAAGAAAGAAACCUCAGCUUCAAGAUAAUGAAUUGUUUCAACAGACUUACUGUCAUGCUGGAGCUUCGAUAUAUUAAUCAUGACAUUUUCCUUUUCUCACCUAGCUUAGCUGUAUUAGGGUUGUGAUCAAGAUUAAGGUAAUAUUUGCAUGGCAUGGUUACAAGUGAUUUGUUCUAGAAUUAUAGUGAAAAAUGCUUAAUUUUAUACGAUAGCAGUUUUUGGAAAUAAAAGCAAUUUUUAACUUUUUCUUUC